GGCGCAGUAGCGAGGCACCCGAGCGCUUUAGUUCCGGUUCGCUUCUGUGGUACGGAGGGCGCCGGCGCUACGGCUCUGACUCGUUUGGUGUCGGGAGGGCGGUUUUUCUGGGCCCACAUGAACCAAUGGCAUCACGCCCGCAGCGGCUGGGGCCGCGGACGCGACGCCUCUGGACGUCCUUCAACCAAGAAGAAGGGUGGAAACCGCAUCCCGGAAAGGUGGAAAGACUAUCUUCCAGUUGGACAGCGGAUGCCUGGGACUCGUUUCAUUGCUUUCAAAGUACCUUUGCAAAAGAAUUUUGAAGUGAAUCUUGCUCCAGAAGAACGCUUUUCUCUUUUGGAUCUUUUUAACAAAAUCCAAGAGCAAAAUGAAGAGCUUGGACUGAUUAUUGAUUUAACAUAUACUCAGCGCUAUUACAAACCAGAGGAUUUGCCAGAAACUAUUCCUUAUUUUAAAAUUUUUACAGUUGGGCAUCAGGUGCCUGAUGAUGACACUAUUUUUAAAUUCAAAUGUGCUGUUAAUAAAUUUUUGAAAGAAAAUAGAGAUAAUGACAAACUUAUUGGUGUCCACUGUACCCAUGGUUUAAACAGGACUGGCUACCUCAUCUGCAGAUAUUUGAUUGAUGUAGAAGGCAUGAGGCCAGAUGAUGCAAUUGAAUUAUUCAGUAGGUGCCGAGGACAUUGCAUAGAAAGACAAAACUACAUUGAAGAUCUUCAGAAUGGUCCUGUCAGAAAGAACUGGAAUUCCAGUGUAUCCCGAUCAAGUGGUUUUGAAGACUCUGUGGAACCAGUCAAUAGCAAUAACAAGUCUGUUAACCAUGGACUGAGGUACAACCUGCAAAAUCCACCUCCUUUCCGGCGUUUUCACACCCAGUACUGGCAACAAUCAGUCAGAAAAUUUUCACAAACUCAGAAUGUUUACCAGAGAUGUCCUGUGCCCCCUCCUGGCCCUGCUGGAGAGGACUAUUCACAAAGGAGAUACUUUUGGAAUAUGAAGCCAAAUGGUAGUCAAGCAGCUCAGAAUAAGAGGUGGUAUUCUGGUGGUUACCAACGUCUAUCUUCUCCAGCCUAUUGGGGAUGGAACAAGUGAUAGAGGCUUGUCCUGGAAUUCUACCUGCUGAACAGAGCUGGACUGAAGAUUGCUGGAGUUAUUUUCAGUAAAAAUCAGGUCAAAUUAUUUUUCAGGUCAAAUGAGGUUUUUUAAAAUAACUUUAUUGCCUCUUAUGUGUUCCAGCUUAAAGGAAAAUUGUGAAAAUUUUACCUCAUUGCUGAUAAAUUUACAUUAAUUAUAGCAAUGCAAAAAACAAAACAAAACAAAACCUGGUCAUU